UUUUGGCGUUUGCGGAGCAGCGGUGGCGUUGUUAGCAACAUGAUGGCGGCGUCCUCACGGGCACAGGUGAUUUCUCUGUACAGGUGUUUACUGAGGGAGAGCAGCAAGUUCGCGUCGUACAACUACAGGACGUACGCGCUGCGGCGAGUGCGUGAUGCCUUCAGGGCCCAUCGGACAGAAGAUGACCCUCGGACGGUGCAGCAGCUGAUGGAGGAGGGUCGACAGGCGCUGGGGCUGAUCCAGAGACAGGUCGCCAUCGGGCAGAUGUACGCCGCCCAGAGGACCGUGGUGGAGUAAAGAUGAAGGCCGGGUGGGCGGGGCUAGAGGAGCGACAGCCAGACACCGGAGCCAAUCACUGCCCCCGACGUCAGCACCGACCAAUCGGCUUCCUCUCUGAUGUUUGAUGGACAGGUGUCACUGGGUGGAGGUGGAGGUGCAUCAUGGGAGAUGAAUUGGCUUUUUGUUCAGUCUGUGCUUUAUUCACUUCACUUUUAUCUAGAAAAAGAAAAUGAUUUUUU